GUGUACCGGCUAGGUUUAAAGAAGGGGAUGGGGGGGGGGAGUUACACUAAGGGGAUAUAGCUCGAACGCCGGCCUAGCAGCUAAGUAGGCCAUGCUCGUGUCUAAUUUGUUAUCGCUUAAAACCCUUUUAAAAACCCUUGCAUUUACGUCCAUUAAAUAUCUCUCUCGUAACAUAAUGAAAGUGGUGCUUCGUCUACAACUGUAAGUGUCAGUUACAUGUGCACGCUAUGUAGCUACGUCGUGUUCGAACAUAGAUCUGUAUUUAGUUGGUUUCACUACUUGCAAAAUGCGAAAAUGGCCAUCGAAACCGUCAAAACCCAAGACACUUCCAAAAAUCUUUGGCUUCUUUUGACUUGGACGUCUUUCACCAUCAAAGAAAUUACCAGUCAAGAUAUUUUACCUCAACCCAGUUUAGCUUUUAUUGAUGCCAGUCUUCUCAUUUUCUAAGAAUAUGUAACACUCUUAAAGAAAGUAGGAGCUGUGAUUCUAUGAACAUUUCAAUGUUUCGCUUUUCUUGGCUGAUGGAAAAUCCAGCUGUGGAGACGACUACAGAGAUGUGGAGACGCCAGUAAACAUGAUGCAAUACGCGGAAAAUACCAUAUCAGCCUUUUUUCCAUUCAUGUUUACACUGAGUCACUGUGUAUGACAAAUAAUCCCCCUGAAGGACAAACUUUAAGUAGACGACAAUAACAUCUUUUGUUUUGGUCCAGCUAGUAGGUGAAAUUGUGCUCUCAACUGCUUAUUACCUUUCGCCAUGCCAUUUUUGGCGACCUCUGCAGUUUGUGUAGGCUGCAGCUUAGGCGAAUGGGGUGAUCCCUUGGGUUUGUUCUCAAGACAAUUUAGAGAAUGUUGUUCUGGUUGUUCUUAUAUGCCUGUUUUGGUUCUCCUGACUUCAGAUGUAUUUCGGUGUCCAUGGUCUACGACAGUUUGUUGUUUGUUGCAAAAGGAAACUGCACAAGCCAAGUUUUUUUCGUCGAUAUUAGUUUGAAUUGGCUACUUUCACGAAAUGAAUCUCGGUCAGCUCAACGAUGCCCAGAGAGGUCUUUUUAAAACAGUUUCGCGAGGCGGUCAAAGACUGCAAAUUACCCGACUCGGACGACACCUACCUUCUGAGAUGGCUCAUUGGUAUGAUUCACAAAAUGUUCCUUUCUUUCAAAUAAAUCUAAAUCGGAAAAAGUCGGAAAAAUGCUCCGUGAUGCGAUGGAAUGGCGCCAUCAGCAUAAAAUCAAUACGCUGCUGGACGACUUCACUCCUCCGGAGGUGUUGGCCAAGUAUUUCUCAGCUGGAUACACUGGCGUAGACAAGCUGAAUAGCAGCUUGUUGAUCACUCGAUUCGGAGCAAUGGACCUGAAGGGCAUGUUGCUAUCAGCCAAAAAGAGAGAUUAUCUAAUGACCGUGGUGGAAGUGGUGGAGAGAGGCAUCAGGGCAGCUCAGAAUAACCCAACCAAAUUCAAGCGAUCCCCCGAUUCCAUCUUCCAGAUGACCGUCAUUUUCGACAUGGCCGGAUUCUCAAUGCGUCACAUUACGUUCAAGCCAGUAGCCGUGGAGACUACCCUUCAGUUGCUCCAGAUAUCCGAGUCGAAAUACCCGGAACUACUCCGCUGCGUAUUUGUCAUCAACGCUCCAAAGAUUUUUGCCAUCCUCUACUCGAUGAUGAAACCUUUCAUGCACGAGAAGACCAAAAACAAGGUUCAAAUCUACAGUCACGAUUCGUCCAUAUGGAAAGCCGCUCUUUGGCGGAAAUCGAUCCCGACCAGUUACCCGUUUGCUACGGGGGAACCAUGACCGAUCCCGAUGGAAAUCUAAACUGCGUGACAAAAGUCGGUAUGGGCGGAGAAGUUCCACGAUCUUACUACCUCGAUGUCAAGCCUGAUCCGACCAAUAAGAAAACUUUUACCAUAUCCAGGGGAUCCAAAGAGCAAUUGGAGAUCCAAAUUAAACAAGCCGGAGCAAUCCUGAAAUGGGAUUUUUAUACGGAAGAAGGAGAUCUAGCAUUUGCUGUGUACAGGAAAAAAGGCAACGAAUUGAUUCCGAUCGUUUCUCACGACCGGAUAGAUUGUGACGUAUCACCGGAAGAGGGAGAAAUUCGGUGCGAUUACAGUGGUGUCUAUGUAGUCGAAUUCGACAACAGCUACAGCUACUUCCGCUCAAAGAAGAUUUGGUUUUCCAUCACGGUUUAUAACGAACGAAUAGAGAACACGGAACCGUUUCAACCUUAAAGCUAAAAUACUCGAUUGCUUUUAAUUAAAGAAUUGUAGAAAAAUGUGGAGUACAUGAAAUCCGCGUUCUUACUUACUUCGAACUCGCACACAAAAAAUCAAAAAGGAUAUUACUGAUGAGAUAGUAAGAUUUGAAAAAAACCGGAUUUUCAAGAUGGGAUACGAGUCUUUUAGUGGGUCAAACUAACAGCUGCCGCAUUCAGGUGUUUUCUUGCUCUAAUAUUUUCGAUCAUCAGUAAAACAGGAAAUUGAAAUGUUGAGCUCAGUCUGUAGUGCGCUUUCCCUCUUUCUAGACGUCUUCGACGUGCGUUGCUCGUGCCAAGUGUUUGCGCAGGCCUUGAUUGUUGAUUGUUAAGCGACAUUUAUCCUGGGAUUCCGUCGCCAAUUUUUGACCAUUUACCGCUGCUGCUGUUGUCACUGAGGCGCUGCUGCCAUCAUUAAACUUCGUUCUUUAAAGUUGAUUAAUUCCUGCCACAGUUAACUGUUUCAUUCCCGAAAUGGAUCUUGGCCAGCUAAACGAUGACCAGAAGGCGGUUUUGAAACAGUUUCGCGAGGCGGUCAAGGACUGCACACCCCCGCACUCGGACGAUGUUUACCUGUUGCGCUGGCUAAUCGCUCGUGAUUUUGAUUUGGCCAAAUCUGAAAGGAUGUUCCGGAAUUCAAUGGAAUGGCGUCGCAAGUACAAAAUCGAGACGCUGGAAGAAGACUAUAAAACGCCUGAAGUUUUGACCAAGUACUACUCCGCCGGCCACGUAGGCGUGGACAAGCUCAGCAGUUACCUGAUGGUGGUGCGAUACGGAGCGACGGAUUUAAAGGGCAUUCUGCAAUCGGUCAAGAAGAAGGACUACGUGAUGCACGUCAUCGAACUGGUGGAGAGGGGCAUCAGAACUGUUCGAAAUAAUCAAGCAAAAUACAAGCGACGCCCCGACGCCAUCAACCAGGCUUGCGUUAUCAUGGACAUGGCCGGAUUCUCAAUGCGCCACAUUACCUACAAACCAGCUCUGGAAACCGCUCUGCAAUUAGUCCAGUUUUACGAGGCCAACUACCCGGAAUUUCUUCGUCGUGUCUUUGUCAUCAACGCACCCAAGAUUUUUUCGCUCCUCUACUCGAUGAUCAAACCGUUCAUGCACGAGAAGACCAGGAAUAAAGUUCAGAUUUACAGCUACGAUUCCGCCCAGUGGCAAGCAGCUCUUUUGGAAGACAUUGAUCCUGAAGAGUUGCCUGCUUGCUACGGCGGAACUAAGACCGAUCCCGACGGAAAUCCUAACUGCGUUACCAUGGUCAACAUGGGAGGAGAAGUUCCGCGAUCCUAUUAUCUAAACAGCAGACCUGAUACGAACUACAAAAAGUAUUUGUCGAUUGCUAACGGAUCCAAGGAGCAAUUACAAUUUCAAGUUAAGGACGCUAAUACCCUCCUAAAAUGGGACUUCCAAUCAGAAGAGGGUGACAUUGGAUUCACCGUGUACCGGAAGAAAAGCGGCGAAUUGAUUCCUGUCGUCCCUUAUGACCGAGUCGAUUGUCAAAUGUCACCGGAAGAAGGAGAAAUUCAUUGUGAAUACGCUGGCCACUAUGUGCUGGAAUUCGACAACAGCUUCAGCUACUUCCGUUCAAAGAAAAUUUGGUAUUCGAUUACGAUGGAGUCGAGCAAAGUGGUCUGUGAGAACGGCAACUAAUUUGAAUUAAAGUCCGAAUUUGAUUCAGUGACACUGGUGGAGCUGAAAAGUGACUAAAAGGAAUAACAAAUAGUGAUAAUUAGAUAUUAGUUUAGAAUCGCUUACAACUUCGCACGACACUAACGCAAUCAUUAUUAAAAAAUACAUGUAUAUAUGUUACGUAUAUGUUACAUACGCGCGGGCAUGCAAGUCUAGAAAUAAACUGGAACAAUAUCAGUAA